AAGCAAGUAGGUUAUAAUCCCUACACCGCUUAUCAGAUAAACUCAAAUAAUCAUUAUGUGUGCUUAUAAAGAUAACUCAAAUUCAGACCAUUUAAAGAAACGUGAAUAUCUUAAGCAACAACAUCAAUUGAGAACCAUGACGAAAACAACAAAUGUUUUAAGUGCUGAUGAUAUGAUUGAAAGUUUAUUAUCAAAGAAAGAAAUAUUUAAAAUGAAAAAGGAAAUAUCAAACUCAUCAAAAAAUAAAACUAACCAGACCACAGGUCCUUUCUUUCUGAUUCCUGGCCACGAACCUCCAAUUUACAAACAUGUUUGGGACAUCGUAGGAACACCAACAGGCUAUGCAGAUACUCCUAAAUUAACAAACAUACUUCUUACAAGCCACUUGACAACUGAUGUCCUGGGAUAUAUUUGGUCCCUAUCUAAUUCAAAUUUAGGUCCAGCUUUGUUACAACAUGAUACAUAUACUGCACUUGCACUUGUUGCUUUGGCCCAGGUAUUAUCAAUGCUUUUGACUUAAAUUUUAAGCAACUUUAACAUUAUUUCUACAGUUAUUAUUUGUAUGUGUCAUUUUCCUUGCAGAGUGGUUUUGGUUUUACUAGCUCUGCUGUUCUAAACAACUUAAAGGAGGCUCCCAUACCUAAACUAGAUUUUAAUGAAUUACCAAUAAUGAAGCCUACAGUGACAAUGGCAGUUACAGAUGUUUCCACUUCUGCUACAAUGUGUUCAUUACCUCCUACUGUCUCAACAGUUUGUCCUCCCUUGAAUCUUCCUCAAUCUUCAAAUCUUCUAAAUCCUGUAGUGUCUACUGUUACAGCAGAGUUUGCCUCUAAGUCAACAACACCUAUUGCUCCUCACCCAAAUCUAUUACCUACUGUACCUAAUCUGGCAAUUAAUUCCUUAGUGGAUAAUAUGAGCCUCCUUGACUUAGAUAUGCCUUCUACUGUUGCUAUUCCAAAAACAUAUUUACCAUCAAAAUCUAAUCCAAGUUUAAUUUUAAAUGAGAACAAGUCAUUUAUAUCUGAUAAAAACUCCACAGUUGAUAAUAGAUCUCACAAUGCUACUGCGUCAUAUGAGCUCGGUAAUAAUUUAGUUCAAUCUAAAUCAUUUAAUAUCUCCAAUGAUCAUCUAGAUAUUUCGAAAAACAAAGAUGUUGAAGAAAUUCCAGUUACACCUCUAUCCGAUGAUCUAUUUGGCGAUUUUCAAUCUGUAGAUUUUUCCCUGGGAAACAGUGAAGUUAAAGAUGACAUUGAAUUUGAUGAUUUUAAAAGUGCUGACUUCACUACACUUAAUCUUCUUGAAGUGAAGGAAAAACCGCCAGAAACAAAACCAACACGAACAAGUAUCCCUGACCCUUAUAUUCAAGAGAAAACUGCUGGUAUAGAAGAUCUCUUUCCCAAAUGUGUAGUCAAGCCAAAAGAAGAUGGCAUAGACUUAUUGGUUGAAGAAGAGGACAGGUAUUCUGCAUUAAGAGGUUUAACUUCUGGUGAUGAGUUUGAUGAAUUUGGAGACUUUCUAACUGCAGCUCCUGUUGAGCCUUCCAAUCGUCUUGCUCCACUGGUGGAAUACCAGGCUAACAUACAGGAAAGAGCUAUGGAAGCUUGCUUUGACAUUUUAGAGGAAGCAAAAAAAAUUUUUUCAUCUAUUGAAGAAGUAGAAGUUCUGAAUGAGGUGAUAUCUGAUAGAAGGGGUAUUCAGUAUUUGGAAGAAUUGAUAGAAGUUGAAAGGAUUGCACAGAGGUUACAAGUUGCUUUAAACAAAGAUGUGUUUUCCAUUAAGUUAGAAGAACUUUCAAAAGCAUUGUUUAGAUAUUUGGAACCUCAUAAACAUUCUUACAUGGAAGAAGAGAGUGGUCCAAAAUGUGGUAUCUGCUUAAGUGAAAGAGGGCCAGCUUAUGUCAAGUAUGGCAUUAAUAAUUUUCAUGCUCCCUGUGCCAACCUCUAUCUUCACAAGGUCGAUUCCAGCCUUCCUAUUGCUCCUGUUAUGUGAUAUCACGAGCGAUCUUAAACUAAUUUAUUUUAUUAAAUUAUCAUAUAUUACAUUCUGUAAAUCACAUCUUCUAAAUGCAUUUCUCCUUGAUUAGAAAGAAAAGAAAUAAUUGCAUUUAAGAUGUAUUUUUGUAAAUAGUAAUGUUGUCAAAUUAAUCUGUUAAGUGUUAAAUGUUCUGUAAUACUGUUCAUUUAAAAUUGUUUAUUUUGUCUUGAUUGUUAAAAGUUUAUAUACAUUUAUUAUUCAUUAGCUGUAAACAUACUUGGUAGUUUCUUAAGAUAUUCUAUAUUACAUUUCUAAAACAUAUAACUGACAGGGUUACCAUUUUAAGCUCAAAUCUAUGGUAAAGUUUAUAACUUUUUUUUAAAAAUUUCUAUUCCCUUUCUCUUUAAAGACUCAUUAGUAUUUAUCGUUAUUUGAUUACAUGGUAUAAAAUGAAAGAUUUCCUAUGUAUAAUAUUUUAUUUCAUAUGUUUUAUGAAUUUAUUUAAUUAUUUUGACUUAAUCUCAAUUGAUUAUAUCGAUGACUUCAUAUUAUAUCGAUUAUUGUUAAGUCUUAUGAUUCCGUUCCUAAUAGCAUUUAAGUGUGUUGUAUUAUGUAUAUAUGAAAUUAGUAUUAAUUUGGCAUAUUUAUUCUGUGUUUGAGUGUGUGGAUGUGUUGCAUUCUUAUUGCUAUAUGUUUAUGUAUCGGAUAAUAUUUAUUUAUAUUAUUUAUGUUAUGUCAUUCUGUUUAUUUAUUUUAGUAGUAUUUUUUUUUAAACUUAAACUUAAAAAGAAGAAAAAUGUUAUGAAUAAUUUGUUGAAUAAAUUUGAUUCCACUAAGUA